CCGCCGUCGGAGACGUUAACAAACGUUUCUCUUGGUUCUAAACGUAUAGUACAGCUUUUCAUCGAUUCGUUCACGCGGCGUGUCAAAUACGAUAUGAGUUUUCCAGGCAUUAUGGAGCCGGGCCAUACGAGGGAAGUGUUGUUGUCGCAUUUAAAAGAAAACAACGUUUAUCGGAACGGUGAACAACCGUGGAACGUCGGUUACUCCAGACUGAGCGGUCGUGGUUUGUUCGCCACGCGUGACAUCGAGCCGAACGAGUUGAUAUUCGUAGACGCGCCGUUGAUAAUCGGCCCGAAAUGCAGAGGCAAACAUCUUGAAAUGUGCGUGUGCUGUUACAAGAACGAGUGCCCGCUGUUUCCGUGCGAUCGAGGCUGCGGUCUACCGGUGUGCUCGGCGCAAUGCGAGAAUUCACCGAACCAUACGGACUACGAAUGCAAGUACCUCAGGUCGUUGGUACCAACUUGCGGUACCGACUGGUCCUUGAACUUAUUGCUAGCUGUGAUACCGAUACGCGCGUGUUUCAUGACGGAACAGCAACGUGAUUGUUUGGCCGUGCUCCAGUGCGACCAGACUCUUAAUCCUGACCACGAGAUCGAGCUGCUUCAGCGGAACGUGGCGAAUCCACCGAGCGAAGAGGAUUUGAAAAUCAUGAGACGCGUCUGCGGAGCGUUCGACACGAACGCGUUCGAAACUGUUAGCGUCCGGGAUAAAGACCAUUCGUCUAGUUUGCGUGGGCUCUAUCCGAUGGGUGCGUUGCAAAAUCAUUCCUGCGCACCGAACACGAGACAUCAUUUCGAUGAGGAGCAGCGGCUGUACGUUAACGCCGCAAUCCCAAUUUUUGCUGGAGACGAGCUUACUAUGUCUUACACGUGCUUAUUUUGGGACACAACGCUGCGGAGGCCAUUUUUAAACGCCACUAAACAUUUUUCAUGCGUAUGCGAAAGAUGCAGUGAUCCUACGGAAUUCGGAUCUAGAUUAGGAGCGCUUUAUUGUGCAUCCGAUGACUGUUCUGGAAAUCUGUUACCCCGAGAUCCCCUUAAAAUAGGAUCCCCUUGGAUAUGCGAUAAAUGUUCGAUGAUCAUAAACGAUCGACAGAUACGUUCGAUUCGUUCCGGCCUGGCGGCUAUAAUGGAAGAAUCUUUGUAUAAAACGCCACGUCAGAUUUUGAAAUUUAUGCAAACGGAACUAUCAACUGUGGUUCCUAAAAAUAAUUAUCUCAUGAUGGACUUAAAGUUCCGAAUUAUUUCGUAUUAUGGUAGAACUGAAAAUCUUGAGUGGGCAGAUUUAACCGACGACGAACUCGAUAUAAAAUGGAAAUACUGCAAUGAUUUACUCUCUGUCUUAGACCAUUUGAAUUGUGGUAACUGUAAAAAGAGAGGUCUCAUUUUAUAUGAAUUAUAUUGCACAAACGUUGAAAAAAUGAAACGACUUCGACAGAAGCAAAAUAUUAAAAAUGAAGAUGGACGUUUUUCUAUACAGAACGACGGGAACGAGCAUCUGUUAGAAAAAGCAAUGGCUAUAUUGCAGAAUGACGUUGUUGCGGUUGUUACUUUCGAAUAUGACAAAAAAUUCUUUUUUUAAAUAAUAUCAAUUGUCGCCUGAAAAAUAAUAUAAAG